CCGCAGACGCAGCAGCAGCAGAAGCAACGGCACUACAAGCCCCGCACAUGUCGCAUCUGCUUGGAUGUCGUUCAGCCUAGCGCCGACAUCGACGAGUCCGUCGCCGGCGGUCUCUUCCCGUCGAGGACUCGGGUGCGCUACGUGUCGGAUGACCCGGAGCUUGGCCGUCUGAUCAGCCCCUGCAAAUGCAAAGGCUCCCAGAAAUACGUCCACGAAGGCUGCCUGCAGCAAUGGCGACGGGCCGCGCCCAUGUCGGACAGGAACUUCUGGCGGUGCCCGACGUGUCACUUCCAGUACCGCAUGCAGAGGCUUCGCUGGGGCCGCUGGAUGACGAGCAAGCUGGCCCGGGCAGGCUUGACCUUGUCCAUCAUGGUGGUGACCGUCUUCUUCCUCGGCUUCGUCGCCGACCCCAUCAUCAGUCUCUGGGUCGACCCGCUGGGCAGCAUUGCCGACACCUUUGCCGAAGUCGUUGCCGAUGUGGAGGCUAUGCGCCCCUUGGAUAACGACGAGCCGGCCACGUGGUCGUUCCACUUCCUCAAGGGGUUCCUCUCGCUUGGCCUGCUCGGGUUCUUGAAGACGUUCUUGGCCAUGUCUCCUUGGCAUUGGUUCAACCUUCGGGCCGGGGUAGGUGGUCGCCGGCGAGGCACGGGACGGGACAGGAUCGAGUCCAUCAACUGGGCUCUUGUUAUUGUCGGAGUCAUUACAUUUUUGGGAGCAACUUGGAAAUUAGUUAGCCACUUUAGUGCGCAAGCUCUAGAAAGAGCGGGCGACCGCGUCAUCGAUGUCCAAGGCGAUGAGCCGGACGAAGACGAUGAC